AUGGAUGCCUUGAGAAAUAGAUCCUUCAAAGAGGACAUGACUACUGUACCAUUACCUUUACCAAAAGAAGUGUUCGGUAUUGAAGAACCAAUGAAGAUCGAUGGAUUAGAAAUUUUCGACCAGAAAAAUAAAGAAUAUAAUCCGAUGCCAGAAAAUCAAAAAUAUUUAUGCGCACGUGACUUUACUGAAGCAUACUUAGCCAAAAGGAUUACUCCCGUACAAGUAUGUGAGAAAUUAAUCGAGAAUAUAAAUCAAUCAUGUUCUGAAGCGUGUGACCCACCUCUUUAUGGUAUGUGUCAAUACCACCAAAAUGAUAUUAUGGCCCAAGCUGAAGCUUCGACUACUCGAUAUAGUCAGAACCGAUCUUUGGGACCCCUCGAUGGUGUUCCUGUGGCAAUUAAAGAUGAGAUUGAUGUUUUAGGUUAUGAGACACAUGUAGGAACUUCAUUUUUUAAUCGAGGAAAUCCUGCCUCAAGGGAUGCGUUUUUGAUAAAAAAAUUAAAAGAGCAAGGUGCUAUCAUCAUCGGAAAAACGAAUAUGGGAUUUGGUGUCACAACCAAAAAUCCGAAUACGCAUAUAACUCGUAAUCCCUACAAUUCUGACCAUUAUUGUGGUGGGUCAAGUGGAGGUAGCGCAUGUGUUGUUUCCAGUGGUAUAUGUCCAAUCGCCAUAGGAUGUGAUGCUGGAGGUUCUAUAAGAAUACCAUCUUCUUUUUGUGGGAUCUAUGGAUUAAAGCCUACGUAUGGAAGGGUUUCUUCUACAGGAGAUUAUCUUUCAUGCACUUAUAAUGGAAUGAUGUAUACACAAUUGGCCAAUUUUAUUGGCAUUCCUGCAAUUACAGUACCUGCUGGUUAUAAUGACAAGGACCUUCCUAUUGGGCUGCAAUUUAUGGCAAAAUGGUAUGAUGAAGCAAUAUUAUUAAGAGUUGCCAAAGCUUCUGAGGAAAUAUUAGGAAGUAGAAGACGAAAACCUUCUGAAAAAUAUUGGUUUGGUGAUUUAUUGUGA